CGAUGCCUGAGCUAAGAUCAUGUCCUCUGACAUUUAAUCAUGCACAGUCUGCCGCCAUAAAUCAUGGAGCCACACACGAAGAGUAUAGAUUGGAGGUCAGAACACUGUUGGGAUCUGAUCGGGACCCAGUAAGCACUUCCAUUGGCAGAAGUAUAGUGGUAGAGAUAUGUUGCCUAAAUUUAUUGAGAUUACAGGCCUUGUGUGUCUGGCUUUAAUUCAACCGACAGUUGCACAAUACAACAGAGCAACUUCAGUCGAGGUCAAUAAUGGCAAGCCAACGGCGUGGUGGUCAGCCGAAGCAGAAGCUCCAUCGACCAGCGUCUUCGUCGCCUCGCCACUACCUACUGUCUUCUACAAUUGCCAUUUUGCAGGCUCACUGUGCAAUAACGUAGAACUAACACAGCACGGGGCUCACGCUGGCACAAUUGACAUGGAACUGGUAUAUGACAAAGAUUCAGACAGAAGAGACUCACGCAGGGGUAAAAUCUGUCCCAAGACCUGGAACAAAAAGCACACUUGUCCAGAAGUUGACCAGCCCGAUGUCUGGGUGCGCGACUCGACUAGGAACGCUGAUGGCAACAGAUUGAGGCCCAACAAGAUCUCCAAUAAGUUGCAAUAUAACAUGGGGAUGAAUGGAAGGAAACGCAAUUAUCUGAUUGAGGACUACUCUGGCACUCCCAGUGGGUUGAUGUACACCUGUGAUGAGUUCCCAUUCGCGAGUACUAUCCAAGGCGGUACUGGCCUUGCUGGAGAUCCAAACGCAGGGUUGACAUAUAGCGCAACGACUUACUGUGCUCCACAAGGGUCAAGAUGUGCGAAGGAUGUAAGAUGGCAGGAUGACUGGCUUGCUUCACGUGGGUUACUAUCGCAAUGGAAAGCCUUAACGCCUGGCAGCGCUGCAAAAAGCAACUGGAUGGCCGCAAAGAAUAUGUACUAUCCUGUCAGCGACCAGAACAUGCAAGCUGGUGCCCUCAGCGAACUGGCUCGCCAUUUCUCCAAACUCAAGGGUGACCUUUUCCUCUUCAAACUGAAGACAUUCAGCGAUCCGAACGAACCUCGCUUCGCAUACAUGGAGUUGGGAGAAGACGACGAUGAAGAAGAUGAUGAGGAUGGAGAUGUCGACAUGUCGAACACAAGGCGCGAUCUUGACAUGCAAUCCGCAUUCCAGAUCCAACACGCCGCCAACGCGAGCCAAGAAUAUAGGGAUCUUGAUUCUGAAUCAAAAAGUAGACUUCCCACUGGCGGUGACUCCUAUGCACCGUACUCUAGCAGUAAUUCUGACCCCAGCGAAUCACAUACCUCCAGGACCUCGGGAUUCAUCUCGCUCACAAGACCUGAUAUCAGCGCCAGAAGCCUUCGACUAGCGCCAACAGAGGCUUCUCAAUUGAUCUUCCCGAACAACGCGACAGUAACUACCCUACCCUCGACAUCGACAAUUGUAGAUGCCACAGAGAGGCUUGCCUCUUUCGAUCCUAUCCGAUCUGAUCCACUAUCAGCCUCUUUGACGCGUCCUGCUCUUUUCUCUAAUUCAAGUACAGGCAGCAGUCACAUCAGCCUGAGCUAUUCAAGUAUCUCAAACACAAUUUCGGAUAAUUCCACAACCUAUCAACGGACAGUAUCUACAUCUGGAAGUUUGCUCUACUCUGGAUCGUUCACGACUUCAAAGCCUUGGAGUUCGCGUUCAUCAAGUUUCAGCAUGUCAAACUUGACCCAAGUGACCUCUCUGCAGCCCUGGUCGAGUAACCAGACUUCCCGUGUAGCAUCCAACGUAGGGGCUUCCCGGAUCAUCACGCUAUCGUCGGCGAACCAGACCUCAUUUACCUUCGCUUCAUCAACCUUGCUGCUCGGAAACAACGGAAAGACCACCUCGAGUACUCAAUCUAGCAUCACCAAUUCUUUGAGUUCGCGAAACACCACAUCAUCGUCAACAGAAGCUAUCGGCGUAGCAGCAGCAAAUACAAGUGCAUCAGUAAUAACAACUAGCAUCGUUGAGUUAGGGAUCGCGAGCAUGACACCCGUAUCUUCGAAAAAUUCAAGUAUCUCGGAUAUUUCUCUGUCAUCAAGGAGAAUGUCACAAACUCUCGGUCUCAACUCCACGGCUUCGGGUAUCAUCAAGAUCUCGAAGAGCUCGGGUUCUGGAACAAGUGCUACUGGUUCAAGAUCAAGCACAAUCACAAGCUCGAUGUUCUCGACCAAAUCCGAUGCAUCCGAUUCUACAGCAAGCUCAAAUAGCACAUCAUCUGUCUUUUCCAAUUUUGCGACUCCGUCUUCACUACACUCCGGUCCAAGUGCUAGCGCAAGUCUUAGUUCAACCGAUACAUCCAACAUCUCCACUAUAACGGUCCCUCACAUCUGGACAAUGAGCUCACCAGUAGUCACAUGCAGCCCACCAUGUAUCAUCAUGCUUCCACCUUUCCCGUUGACGGACUCAACAACCAUCAUCCCAGAUCCGGUCACGACCAAAGAUCAGACUAUAACAUUCCCUCCUAUUACCACUGACAUGGUGUCCUUCUCGUGGGUGACUAUCAACAAUCCUGGAGACAAGGUUACACCGAUACCUGUCAUUGAUCCACCCAAACCAAUCACUUUACCUGAUGAGAAGCCUCCGGCGACCGUCAUACCAAAGUUCACAGUCCGUCUUCCGAUCUUGCCACCGAUCAUGCUGGCAACUCCUUCACUUGCCUCGAAGCCUUCGAGUACGCCAGUACCUCCAUCUCCACCCGCCAAUGCCGAGGACGAAGCAGAGGAAGAUGAAGGAGAAGAAGAAGAGGACGAGGACGAGGAGGAAGAUUGUGAUGUACCAGGCUGGGACCCAAGUGAUUUCCCCAUGCCGGUGCCCGAUGGAGAACACUUUGGAACAGAAACUUCUGCAACAGUUUCAGCCGACACCAGUUCAGCGGCCACUACGACUUCUGUGGAUUCGUCGAGCACCAUAGCUGCAUCUUCCGCUCCUGCCCCUACCUCGGAACGCCAAUCAGAACUGACAUCGAACACACCACCGCCCCCUUCUACUACCUCGGAGUCUCCCCCGCCACCCACGUCUUCAACCUCCGAGCCAUUACAACCACCACCACCACCACCACCCCCGUCUUCAACUCAAGAGGCACCUCCGCCACCUCCACUACCAUCAGCACAUCCUCCUUGCAAGACGUGGAGAGAUUGCGAUUGCGAUUCCGCUCUCACGAUUUCAUGCAGCGGCCCCGCGGGCGGGCAAACUUGUCAUUGUGGCUGA